UAAAGUGAAAUGCCUCCAUUUGCCUCUUGGGAUUAUUACAAGCAGCAGUUUUUGACCUGUCCAUUUGAAGUGUGUCUGUGUAAAACUCCCAGCUAGUCACAAGAAACAAACAGAUUUUCCCCAUUGGCCUCUAGGGACACUAAUAAGCUCCUCUCAGCCGGGGGAGGCACAGCUGAAGGAAUGGAUGUUGGCCUGCGUGUGACACGUGGCCCCGAUUGGAAGUGGGGCAACCAGGAUGGUGGCGUGGGCAACAUCGGAACCGUCAUUGAAAUAGGAAAACCCGGCAGUGCGACAUCACCAGACAAGACCGUGGUCGUCCAGUGGGAUCACGGUUCUCGCACAAACUAUCGCAUCGGUUAUCAAGGGGCAUAUGACCUCAGAGUCUUCGACAAUGCUCCGAGUGGUGUGAAGCAUACAAGCAUCAUCUGUGAUUCUUGCAAUAAGUCUGCAAUUCAGGGCAUGCGAUGGCGAUGCCUCACGUGCCAUGAUUUUGAUCUGUGUACUGUAUGUUACCAUGGAGACAAGCAUGACAUCAAACACUCAUUCCUGCGAUUUGACACUCCGGCAUCGAAAGGUGUCAAGAUGCCUAAGCGGGCGAACAGUACAAAAAUGGAGGCCUGGGGGAUAUUCAAAGGAGCGAAAGUUCUACGAGGAAAUGACUGGGAUUGGGGAAACCAAGAUGGCAAGUAUUGUGGAGGCGAAGGAAAACCAGGAAAAGUGAGAGAUAUCCGUGGUUGGGAUUUAGAGUCAGGACGUAGUGUUGCAAACGUUGUGUGGAGCAAUUCUCAAAUGAAUGUCUAUCGAGUUGGGCACAAGGGUAAAGUAGACCUAAAGGCUACCCAAUGUGCCUCUGGUGGCAUGUUUUAUGUGGACCAUUUGCCAGUUCUUGGUGAAUUCACAGAAACGUCAGCUUCAGGUGAACCUACUUGCCAUUUCAAAGUAGGUGACCGUGUCCGGGUGGAUCUUGACAUGGAAAUAUUAAAAGUGAUGCAAGAAGGCCAUGGAGGGUGGAAUCCUCGUAUGGCAGAAUAUAUAGGUCAAGUUGGUUCUGUCCAUCGAAUCACCGAUCGUGGUGAUGUACGUGUGCAAUAUGAAGGAUGUAGUAACAGAUGGACCUUUCAUCCCGGCGCUCUAACAAAGGUUCAACUAUUUGCCAUAGGUGAUUCAGUCCAGAUAAUUGAAGAUAUUCGUAAAGUUAAAGAAUAUCAGAAAGGUCACGGAGAAUGGACUGAUAGCAUGGCAUCGGCAUUAGGUAAAAUUGGUAAAGUGAAACAGGUUUACCCAGAUGGUGAUUUACUUGUGGCGGUGUCUGGUAAAAAGUGGACAUAUAACCCUUUGUGUUGUGCAGUGGCGCCAAAUAGUCCUCUCGAGGUGAAUAACAUUCAUAGUAUGAGUGAUAGAGAGGAAGACCCUGCAUCGCUGACGGAGCUGCUGGAACAGUUAUUGAAUAUGAGUCAUAAAGACACACGUCUCGAUCAGUUCGUACGGGAAGCUGCUCAAGGACAGAUAGACAAUAUUCGUGAAGUUAUAACAAAACAUCCAGACAAAAUUGAUCAAAGAAGUUCUGGUAAAACGGCCCUACAAGUUGCCAGUCAUCAGGGCCAUAAAGAUAUUGUAAUAAUGCUGCUGGAUGCUGGAGCUAAUUUAGAAUUACAAGAUGAAGAUGGAGACACAGCUCUGCAUUAUUCAGCAUUUGGGAACCAACCAGAGGUAAUGGAACUGCUGUUGUUGAAGGGAGCCAACAUUAACGCUUUCAAUAAGGGUGGCUGUAGCACACUUCAUGUAGCCGUGAAUAAACAGUUUGUCAAGUGUGUCCGGGUAUUACUUAAGCAUUCGACUCCAGUUAAUAUUCAGGAUGCAUAUGGAGAUACUGCCCUACAUGACGCUAUAGGUAAAGAGAACAGACAGAUCAUUGAUUUUCUUGUCAGCUAUCCUGGUAUCGAUUACACGUUGCGUAACAACCGAGGCUUCAAUGUGUUACAUCACGCAGCUCUCAAGGGGAAUAACUUCGCAACUGAAAGAAUUCUGCAAAAAUGCCGACAUAUUGUUGAUAUUAAGAAAGAUGAUGGUUUUGCCGCACUACACCUUGCAGCUUUAAAUGGCCACCGAGAGGUUGCUAACACGCUCCUCACUGUGGGCCAAGCACAAUUGGAUAUUCGGAACAAUCGUCAACAGACUCCACUUCUCCUUGCUGUGUCCCAGGGCCAUAUAGGUUUGACGGAAUUCCUGGUGUCAAAAGGAGCGGAAAUCAACGCUGAAGAUGAAGACGGAGAUAUCUGCCUGCAUCUGGCUCUCUUGAGGCAGACUGUUGGCAGCGAGAGUGAACACUCACAAGUACUAGAUGGAUUUUAUUUCUUUCAGAUUCGUUCACAACUUGGCUUAAGCGAAGAAGAUGAGCGUUCAGGUGUGGUUGUAGCCUGUUAUCUAGCACAACGAGGUGCAGAUCUUUACCAUAAAAACCACCGAAAGGUUACACCACUCGACAUCAUAGGCGAUUCGAUAUUAGAAGAGAGGGUGAAGAGGUUUGCUGCAAUUUCAAUGGGACAACAAGUGCCAGACCAUAUCGAUGAUCCAAGAAGUCAUAUCAGAGAUUGUUUGCUGUGUUCUGAUAAACAGGCAACUGUGAAGUUCCAGCCCUGUGGUCAUGUGGUGACCUGCGAAGACUGUAGCCUAAAAAUUAUGAUUAAAAAAUGUAUCCAGUGUAAAGUGCCUGUAACUAGCAAAAUUGGAAUUGAUGGCUCCCAGUUCAAUAUUCUCCAUUCAUCACCAAGUUCACUGGAUUCAAAACACCAACAGAUUCAAGAACUGGAAGAACAGAUCACAUGUUCAAUCUGCAUGGAGCGGCGUCGCAACAUGGCAUUCGUGUGUGGGCACACCACUUGCAAAGAGUGCGGUGAAGUGUUGAAGCAGUGUCACAUGUGCCGCAAACCAAUUCAGAAAAAGAUCAUUCUGUAUUGAUCUCCAUCCUGGCCCAUCCCAACCUCACGCAAUCAAAUCCUUCCCCUUUCGUCCUUCCACAAAUCAAUCCCUUUUGCUUUCUCUGGUUUUAUCUCUCCCCCUCUGUCUGUCACUCUCUCUCUCUGUCUUUCUCUGUUCUUUUCUUUCUUUUUUCAAACCCCUUCUUCCCACCUUUGACCCCCUGUCUUCUCUGCUCCCUCCCUAUCCCUGUCCACCACCACGCUGCCUCUAAUUAAGUGUUUUUUGUUGAGUUUUUUUUUUUUUUUUUUUUUUCUAAUUACCUGUAUGACAUGUGGUGGCUGGCCAGCUGGCUGGCUGAGUGCACAGUGAAGCUUGCUGUCAAUCUACACCUCACACUACCACCCUCACAUCAUCCUCUGCUUUUGUGUUUGAGUGUUUUUUUUUGUUUUCUUUUUUUGAAAUCUUAUUUUUAUCUUACAAUUCAGUCACCCUUUCAUUGCAGCUUUCAACAGAUUUAUUUCAUUCCUUUCAUCCACACCAUUCUAUAUACAUACACACACACACACAUUAUAUAUGCAUUAUACACAAAUACACACACAUACAUACAUAUAU